GUCACCAUGUGCGAGAGAUGAUGAGAAAACUUGAUGUUCGCUAUGAAAAUGACCAAGCGGUUGAACGGCAAAGGCUGACGGGAAAACGUGUGAUUGGGAUAUCGGGCCUUCUGGGAAUCGGUCGCUAAAACGGUUGAAGCCCUCAGUGCCAGUUUCGACGAGCCCCCUUCAUUUGAUGAAGAUAGAUUUUUUCAUAAUUUUCCAGAAUCUUAGUUAUCUUAGAAUGAGCCAAAAUAUUUUCAAACAAAAUGAGCAGAGUGCAAGGAACUCCACAGAGGACGUUUUCCCUUCCAGAAUUAAAGUGGCUUGAGUGGCAAUGGUGCCACGAUAUCUCUGGUCUAGUUGCUUUCGGACUGUCAGACUUGCUCGUUCUUGAUCUGUCUUGGAGUACCUCGAGCACUUGGUGGCACUGGAAAAAAAUUAUGGAGAAGGCGCAACAGUUGAAAGUUUUGAUCCUAAAACAUUGUAGGGGGCUAACUGAAUCUCCGGUUUCCGAUGCACCCAUGGACUUAGAAAGACUAAACCUGGAAGGUUGUUCUUUAUUACCGGGUGUUGGCAUAUCCUUCAGAAAUCUAGGGAAAUUAGUUUCUUUGAAUGUCAAGUCCUGCAGCUUCGUGGAAAAGUUGCCAGAAGAUAUAGGAUCCUUGGUAGCUUUGGAAGAGCUUUACAUUGAUGGAACUUCCAUUAAAGCAAUUGAAUUCCCUGAGGGUUCAUGUGGGAAGCUUAAAAUUCUGAGUGCUUGCAACUGUAAAUCCUUGUCCCUAUCCGGUUCAAUUGGUAACUUGGAAUCUCUUUCAGACCUAGCAUUGGAUGGCACUGAACUGAGUGAGCUCCCUAAUGAAAUAGUAUUGCUGAAGAAUCUUGAGAAGCUAUAUCUGAGAAACUGCAGGAAAUUGGAGAAACUGCCAGAGGCCAUUGGAAGACUCGAGAGGCUGCAAGUCAUGGAUCUUUCGGACACGGUAGUUGACGAAAUACCUCCAUCUGUUAAGGAUUUGCGAAAAUUGAAAGUGCUAAAGAUGCCUCGCACUUUUAUAAAAACAUUUCCUGAAGGCAUUAGGAACCUAGAGAGGUUGAAAGAGAUAGAUUUCACCUUCUGCAGAUGUUUGAUGGGGGAAUGUGACAUUACGGGAUUGUCCUCUUUGCGGGUGUUACUUCUUGAAAAGACUAAAUUUUCUGAGGUGAUUGGGACGAAAGGUCAAUCCUAUGAUUUCCCAAACCUGGUACGAGAUGGCAAAUUUCGCAUCUCGGAAAGACGACGUUAGCAACUACGACAUUGCUCCAGGCUGACGGACGUCCCAUCAGCAUGCAGACGAUGAGUCAGUGACCGAAGCUAGGCGGUGGUUAGACAGAAGAGAGAAAGUUACCCAUGAGGAAGUUAGCUCUCAUGUCUCUUUAAUUCAAAUUUGUAAACUGAUCGAACAUGUUCAACUGAUUUUCCUGCAAUAAGGGCUGUUAGAAUUUCGAUUUUCGCAUUA